AGUCAAGGCUUCUCUAUUUGUUUUAUAAUAAAGAAUCCGUUAAAUUCCCCAAGAAUUACUUUCAAUUUUCAAAACAAAUCUUAUUUCCAAAGCGAAUAACAGUGUCGUCAGCAUGCUCUAUACUCUCAUAAAGCACGCUACAAUAAGCCAAUCAGAAUUCCUGUUAGAAUGGUUCAAAUAAUCUGAUUGGCUGUACAAGACUAAAGCUGUCAAAAAUGUCAAACCAUCAAAGUUAAAAAACCAUCAUAGUUCAUAUUCUGCAAUAGUUUACAAACUAAAAUAGCUCGGCAUGUCGAAUUUAACACUUUUGCCUGAAGUUUUUUAGUUUCUAAUACAGGAUCUGAAAGUGAAAUGUUCAGUGAAAUUCGGCCCAAUCGUAGCUCACAAAAAUAUGCAAGUUAUUUCACAUGACAAGUAGAAAACAAACUGUUCAAGGCGAGUGUAUUAUGAAUGAACAACAGCCGAAUUCACUAAGACAAAAAGAUCGCUCGGAAUGACAGCGCCGUAAAACUCGGUUGCAGUGACUGAUCUGGCCUUCCACUCAACGCAUCGGAAAGAUAACCAUAUAUGAGGGUCUUUGAUGAGAAAGAAAUUUGCCGUAAUAUUUUAUCAAUGGCCGGAAUGUUUUGCAAAUCAGUCUUCUCAGUCUACGUUUUUGACGACUUCCCGUGUGCCGUUUGCAGUAUUAGUGUUGUCAUUCUGUUCAUUUGGGGCAAUGUUACACUCGUGUGUGUGCAAUGUCGAAGCGUCCCCGGAACUCACUUUCCUGACGAAACGAAGUUAACUGAGCAGACAGAGCUCUGUUUGAAGAGAUGUGGCACCAGCUUUCAUACGGAUGACACGGGAACAUCAAGUGGAGAGUUGUCCAGUGUUCAGAUAUGUUAUGACAAGUGCCUUCAGGAAAGAGGGAAACUGAUUUCUGUCGUAGAUGAUAAGAAUGUUUCAAUCAGUGAGGAAUUGACGUCAUCUUUCAAGAGAAUCAAACGCGAAAUCCCAGGGAGCGAGAAAAGUAGCAGGGACGCCUGCUUAAUGUACAGUCCAGGAAACUUUACGUUUCUUGAGCCCAAGAUUACAUUCCGAGAACCUAAGGACAAUGGAAGUUUUCUGGGAAAUGUAUCAUGGAAACCUCUGUCAAGCGACGCUUUUAAUUGGACUGGAUACAGAUUGAUUUACGUCGUUGGUCGGGUAUCUCAAGAGAAAUAUAAAUGCGUGGACUUCUAUAAGAACGAGACGAGUUAUUUUAUAAACAGUGGUCUACCGAAUAACACGCGCUUACGACUCAUGGUUGUCUCCAUACCCUUUGACUCCAGCCAUAUUCCAUGCGGUGAAAAGCCAACAACAA